AUGUGGAGACAUAAUGGUGUUCUAAAGCCUAUGAGAGGGAGGACCCUGCCUCUUGAAGUUCAACCUAAUUGGUCAUCUGAGCAACUGUUAACAGCUGCUGAAAAGAAAGUAAAAGAUUUUAAUCAGGACAUGGAAGAGGGUCCCUAUGUUUUGCUGUACCCAGACGGUUCAGAGGUGAAAAACAUUCCAGGAACAAACACCCCAUUCAAACUACAGCUGUACAAAGAGGCACUUGGGAAGGCUUACCAAAGAAUAACACUGUUCGUCUGCACAGGUCAAGAUUUUUCAGCCAUUGACUGUAGUGGAGAUUCUUCGAGCGAAGACAGUGAAGUGCAAGUAAAAUCUACCUCACACAGUCCACAUUAUGAGAGUGACACUUUGAUGUGGGAUGAUCCAGAUGAAGCAAGCACACCAAAGGCAAGAAGCACAUCAGACAGACCUUCUAAUCUCUCUCUGCCUUUUUUGGACAAAGAAGCAGGAAAAACAAAUGUCCAAGAACACACACAAAAGUGCUACACCAAUUACACACAUCUGUACGCACCAAUUGUCAUUGAGAGCGAUUCCGAAGAGUCAGAUGAGAGCAGACAAUAUGUUCAAGAGGAAAGCACAGAGGUAUUAUCUGCUGCAGACAUUGUGUCAGAUCUGUCACUUAAGGUGAAAAAGACAUCAUGCAGCAGAUUCAAUAUAAAUAGAGCAGAUGUUUGGGACGGAGCAGUUCGUGGAUUUAAACGUCUAUCAUAUGACCCACUGCAUGACAUGCUCGUCAAAUUCACCGACGAUGAUGGCACAGUAGAAGAUGCAGUAGACACAGGUGGUCCCAAACGUGAGUUUCUAACCCUUCUAAUGGAUUGCUUAAGAGCACGGAGAAUCUUUGACGGUCCAGACAAUAGAAGAUUUCUCACAUUUAACAAUGCAGCUGCCAGAGAUGACGACUACUUUCUUGCUGGGCGGAUGAUUGCCGUUUCAAUAGUUCACGGUGGUCCAGGUCCGCGCUUUCUGUCAGAAAUGCUGUACGAUCACCUCACUGGGAGGACUGACAUUAAUGGAACAGUUGAAGAUAUAACAGAUGAGACCAUGAAGGCAGCUUUACUUGAGGCGCAUUCAACUUUCAUUUAAGCUUAUUUUAAGUUUUUUUUUUUUUUUUAUAUAUAUA